AUGAGAUCUGUAUGGUUGUGGAUAUGGUGUGGGGUAGUGACAAGUGUGUGGUGGCCGGCGGACGCCGUUGUGGGCGGGAACCCGGCGUCUCCACCAGAACCUGACGCUGCCGUCGUGUUCGUGCAAAAAUAUGGUCGGAGCUGUCGAGUGGAGGGAAUUAAGGAUCAGAAAUUGGGUUACUACACAUUUUUUGGGAUAAGGUACGCUGAACCGCCAGUGGGUCCUCGGAGAUUUCAGAGGCCCGUGCGACGGAUCCUGGCCGGAGAGUUAACAGCAUCCAAACCUUGCUCUGCAUGUCCGCAGCCGAGGUUAAUGAAUAUCUUCGGAAGAGAAGAUUGUCUUUGCCUCAAUGUUUUCAGUCCGAAAAUGCCAGGAGAAGAAAAAGGUUCUCCUGUUAUAUUCUUCAUACAUGGCGGUAAUUACAGAACUGGUUCGGCGCAUCCAUAUGGGGGUAAGCAUUUGGUGCAAGCAGACACCAUAGUGGUGGUGGCUCAGUACCGCCUGGGUUCCCUGGGUUUCAUUACAAAUGGUCAAAAAGACGCUUCGGGUAAUGCUGGGAUGUUCGACUUGCACGCCGCAAUGAGUUGGGUUAAAGACUACAUUCAGUUUUUCGGAGGAGACCCGUCCAACGUUAUCAUAAUGGGACAAGGUUCUGGAGCCAGUGCUGCAUCUGUUCUAUCACUAUCGCCUGAAGAUCGGAGCUCCAAAGGAGUGGCCGCGUUAUCAGGAGCUCCAUUAUCACCAGGCGCAGUACGUUCUAACCCAGAGAAAUAUGCUGAAGAAUUAGCAACUCGCACUAACUGUCCUUCAAAACCAGUAGAAAGACUUGCUCUUUGUCUGAGGGCCCUUCCUGUAGAAAAGAUCAUCCAGGCGGAUAAGGAUUCAAAUGUAGAUUUUACCACACAAAAUUUCUUGGAUGAAGUCGCAGGGCGUGCUGGUACCGGUGCACGGGUAGAAGGCUCAGAUGAUAAUCGUGCUCUACCUAUACUGAUAGAAGAAAUGCCAGCUACGUCUCUCAAGAAGAAAAGACAGCAUGCUCCACUGCUCACCGGUGUCACGUCAGCAGAAACGUCACGAGCUGUAUUCGGUAAAUACUCGAAUUUCUUGAAGAAACAAUUGCAAGAGGUAUCGGACUUCAUUAAGAAAGAUAUAAUCGGAGGUUUGCAAAAUGUCGUCACGGACGUAGAAGGUCUACUGAUUUCUUCGUUAAAGUUGGAUCAAGUCCAAAAAGUGUUUCCAUUGGGUGAUUUCUAUCAAUCAUAUACGGCGUUAAGAAAUGAGUCGGUAGAGAAUACAAUUACAACAGUUGAUGCACUCACAAAAAUCGUUGAAGCAACAGGAGACGCCUUGUUCAACUUCCCUGCAUACCAAAGCGUCAAGGAGUGGGCAACUGGAGCUCCGUCGUAUCUAUACAGUUUCGAAUUUGUUGGAAACCUUACAAAAGGGUCUCAUUUCUUACCUGGAGUAAUAUUAGCCGACAACAAUGAAGAAAGCGAAGAGGCAAAAAAGAGUACGAUCAAGGGACCAGCACAUGGCGAUGAGUUAGCCUAUUUAUUCGAACCUCUGGACGAAGAAGGAAAUUCAAUAGAAAAAGACGAAAUUUCAUCAACAGAUGCUCAUGUUCGCAAGUCUUUUGUGGGCAUGGUAGCUGAGUUUGCUCACAGCCUAAAUCCCCUAGGAACAAAGAAGGAGUCAAAAUUCUCGAAUCUACUAUUACCAUUUUCAAAGGAUAAUGAUCAGUAUAUAAAAAUUGAUAAUGAUAUAUCCCUAGGAAAGAAUUUCAGAUACUGCCAGAUGGGACUGUGGGGCAAUAUGGCUGAUAGAACAUCAGGAGAAUUGUGCAAGAAACUGUUUGAUGGUUUACUCAAGUUUCCAACCAGUUUACUGAAGCCGGUAACAGGGAACGGCGGUGUGCCCAACUUGUUCAACCCAGUGGAUACUCAAGCCCCAUUAGUCUCUUUAGUGCCACGUCCACCACGACCUUCAAAGAAUAAUAACAACAGUCCAAGCGUCUUCAACAUACCUUUUAGAGGUCUGCAAUGACAGAAUAUUGAUGAUAUACGACCAUGCAAGGAAACUUUUUAAUUUAAAUCAAAAUAAAAAAUAAACCCAUUUAAAUGAUUAGAAAGUGUUAUCCUUUUUAUAAAUUCAGAAGUUAGCUCAGGGGCAUUAACAUAAUUAUAAGAUUAUUUUAUAUUUUAUAAAUAAGGGUGUGUGUAUUAUUUUUAAAACACAUAUUAUGAAGAAUAAAA